AUGGACAUUGUAAAUGAAAUUCCUGCCGUUGUAGAUGCCGACAAGUGGGUUGAAGUUUGGAAGGAAGCUGGAGACAAAAGACUCCGGUUAAAGGAGUAUGAUAAUGCCUUUGUCUGCUACUGCAAGGCUUUAGGAUAUUGUCCAAACAAUCUCUACUGUCUUGUAAAAAGAUUUUAUCUCCUGAUGUUGUCGAGGAAUUACAAAAAUGCUUUGACUGCUGGAAGGCGAGUAGUUGAGUUGGAUCCUACCAACGUUAAGUGCCUUAUCGGCAUAGCCAAGUGCUGCGUCAAUCUUGGGGAUGUCGUGUCGGCUGAGGAUGCUGUUGAGCAGGCCAGCAAUAUUGAACCUGAUAAUCCUGCUUUCAAAAAGCUCAGAAACGAUAUCGAGAUGAUAAUAUGUUUAACUAAGCAAGUAAUAGAUGCUCUAAAGACGGGUGCCCACAAAAAGCAACUAAUGCUGUGGAUUUUGAGUGGAAAUGAAGACAAAGACCACAGUUACAAAAGAGCAAAGCGACUCAACAAAAAAAUCGUGAAGAUUCAGUUGUACAUAGAUGAGGGAAAUAAAUGCAUCGAACAAAAGAAGCCCGUAGUGGCAAAGGGUUGGUUCAAAAAAGCUUUGACUGUCGACCCUUAUAACAAGAUGCUGAAUUCAAAGCUUCUUUGUACCCUCGCUGAUAUCUAUGCCCACCAAAAAUGCCUGGGACGUGCAAUUGACUGUUGCUCUGAUGCCUUAAAGCUGGAUCCUGAGAACCGAAGAGCACUGAAAACGUGA